AUGUCUUUCCCAGAAUCUAAAGAGCUCAAGGCUGAAUGGAAGGCAGAUGUUGUACUUCCAGAGUAUACAUUGAAAGAUGUUGCUGCGCAUAACACAAAGGGUGAUACCUGGAUGGUCAUCCACGGGCAAGUCUUUGAUCUCACUGAAUAUCUGCAAGAUCACCCCGGAGGCGCAGAGGUCCUUGUCGAGGUAGCCGGUACAGAUGCCACCGCCGACUACGAAGAUGUCGGACACUCUGAGGAUGCCCGCGAAAUCAUGCAGCCCUUCCUGGUGGGCACAUUGAAAGAUGCCCAGCAGUUUGUGCGACCCAAGGCAGUGCGCGUGGUCUCGCCAAAAACACAGGAGGCAGCCUCCUCUUCAACGAGUGCCAUGCCAGCCAUCGCCGCUCUGGGUGGUCUGAUCCCAAUCUUUUACGUCCUCAACCGCACAAACUACCUCACCAACAGCCUGGGUGCCAUCUCCAAACUCAUCCCACACCAACUAAAGACCAUCCGCCUCCCUCAUGGCGGCUUCAUCAACGGCUUCCUAGCCGCCAGCGUCAUCUCCACAGCAGUGGGAAUAGUAGUCGCCCGAGAAGCCAACCGCUUCACCAAAAUCGACUCAGGCUUCAUGCGUUACCCACCACAUAUGAAAGCCAAAAAAGUAAUCCGCGUCGAUCCCCAUCUAACCCGCGGAGUCCUCGAACCGCAAACCUACCAACGCCUCCCGCUAGUCGAAAAGACUGAACUAGCAACCAAUGUCUACCGCUUUGUCUUCGCCCUCCCAACCCAGACAAGCGUCCUUGGCCUCCCAAUCGGCCAACACGUCGCCAUCCGCGCCAACAUCAACGGCACAACCGUAACGCGCUCCUACACCCCAACCUCCAACAACACAGACCGCGGCCGCAUCGAACUAGUAAUAAAAUGCUACCCGGAUGGCCAACUCAGCGGCCAAUACCUCGCCAACCUUGAGCUCGGCGACGAAGUUGAGUUCCGCGGCCCUAAGGGGUCAAUGCGCUACUCAAAGGGCCUCUGCAAGAAAAUCGGCAUGGUAGCCGGUGGCACUGGUAUCACGCCUAUGUACCAACUGAUCCGGGCGAUCUGUGAAAACGACACCGAUACCACGGAGGUCAGUCUGAUCUAUGCAAACCGCAGUGAGUCAGAUAUCCUAUUGCGUGCUGAGCUGGAGCGCUUUGCUCGUCUCUACCCAAAGAACUUUAAGCUUUGGUAUUUGGUGGAUUCUGCGCCUGAGGGGUGGACUUAUGGUUCUGGGUAUGUGGAUCAAGAGGUGCUGAAGGCGCGGCUUCCUGGGUCUGCGGAGGAUACGAAAAUUAUGUUGUGUGGGCCCCCAGGCAUGGUUAAUGCGACUAAGAAAAAUUUGGUUGCGAUGGGUUUUGCGAAGCCAGGGGUUGUUGCUAAGAUGAGCGAUCAGAUCUUUUGUUUCUAG